AUGGUGGAGAACGUUUCAUUGACUGUUCCAAGUGCCAGUGGUAACGAACAACCGGGUAUUGUUCCACCUCAAAGGAUUGUGGUUAAUGUGUUUAAAGGGAUCUGUUUUUUUGGAAUCAUCUUGACAGCUCUAUUUGGGAACUGUUUGGUACUGAUUGCAGUGACCAAAUUCAAACGGAUACGAUCUGUCCGAACCAACAUAUUUCUCGUGUCCCUGGCUCUGGCCGAUUUUCUCGUCGCCCUAUUGGUCAUGCCAUUUAGCGCGAUUAUGGGUUUGAUGGAAGGGCGGUGGAUUUUUGGAUCUGUGCUCUGUGAUCUGUUCAACGCAAAUGAUGUUCUUUUCUCUACUGCCAGUAUUUUACAUCUGUGCUGUAUAUCCACCGAACGUUAUAUUGCAGUGCUUAGUCCGUUGACUUACGAAAGAAAGAUGACAUGUACACGAAUUGCUGUCAUGCUAACUGUGACUUGGUUACUCUCGAUCCUUAUAUCAUACUUGCCGAUUUUCACUGGACUGUACACCACUAGUGAGCACAAAGACUAUUCCGGAAGUCGAGAAGAAUGGUGUGAAUUUGUCGUCAAUCCGUACUAUGCCCUCAUAUCAUCGGCCACGUCGUUUUGGAUUCCCAGUUUCGUCAUGAUUGCUGUCUACGUACGAAUAUUUAUUGAAGCUAGGAACCAAGAGAAAAAAAUCUAUAGACUGCAUGUUCCGGCAAAACGGAGAAAAUCAGUUCCACCACAAACCAGCGAACCGGAGGAGGCCAACCUGGAAACGGAGCUGGUUUCAUCAGAUAAUAAUACUGACAGUCGUCCAGGGCAUCAAAUGAAUUAUUUAACUGUGCAGUCGGUGCAUUCCUCGUCACAUUCUGUUUGUAACCAUAAGACAAAACACGCAGCUCAUUCUUCAAUGGUAACAGCAGACCAAAUGAAGAUUCGACGAGAGAACAAGGCAGCCAAGACGCUAGGCAUUAUUAUGGGUGCAUUUCUUCUCUGCUGGCUUCCAUUCUUUCUCUGGUACACAAUUACUAAUUUGUGCGGCGGAAAUAAACAGUGUAAAUAUCCCGAGAUAAUAGGGAACAUUAUGUUUUGGAUCGGAUACUUCAAUUCUACUCUGAAUCCGAUGAUCUACGCAUUUUACAAUCGAACGUUUCGAAAUGCAUUUAAAAGAAUUCUGACGUGCAAUCGUCGAAAUAAUUCCAGAUCGAUGGUUGUCGAUAUGACAAAAGGUCGUCGAACAAAUCCACCUGGCACGAACACUAAUGGAAUGGAUAUCAGUCAGCACAGUUAUCGUCCGUGA